GGGGGCGGCCCCGGCAGCCGCGGUCAGGUGGCACCGCCGAGACGGAGCCGGCCGAGCACGAUAAAAGUCCCGGCCCGCCGCCGCCACGGCCGCGAGGGAGCGCGGAGCCGCCGCCCGGGAGCCAUGCUCAGCACUGGACACUCUCCCUGAGCCGUCCCAGCCCCAGCAGCCCAGGGCACGCGGUGCCACUCCGUGACUUAGAGCAGGACUUUGUGACCAAGGUGACUAAGCAGCGGGAGCUCUCGCUGUCCUGCCGCCACCAGGCCAGACAAUCCCUCCCUUGGCUGCAGAUCCCCUUGGCUCUCUUCCCAUAAUGGAAGCCUGAGUGCCAAGGAUCCUCCAUGACCUCCAGAAGCCACAACUCCCUGCCGAGAACUCUGAUGGCUCCGCGAAUGCUCUCCGAAGGUGCCCUGGGGGGCAUCGCCCAGAUCACGCCCUCGCUGUACCUGAGCCGGGGCAGCGUCGCCUCCAACCGGCACCUGCUGCUGUCCCGGGGCAUCACCUGCAUCAUCAACGCCACCAUCGAGAUCCCCAACUUCAACUGGCCGCAGUUUGAGUACGUCAAAGUGCCUUUGGCUGACAUGCCCAACGCCCCCAUCUCGCUGUACUUCGACAGCGUGGCCGACAAGAUCCACAGCGUGGCGCGGAAGCACGGCGCCGCGCUGGUGCACUGCGCCGCCGGCGUCAGCAGGUCGGCCACGCUCUGCAUCGCCUUCCUCAUGAAGUACCACAAGGUCUCCCUCUUCGAGGCCUACAACUGGGUCAAGUCGCGGCGCCCCGUGAUCCGGCCCAACGUGGGCUUCUGGAGGCAGCUGAUAGACUACGAGAGGAAGCUCUUUGGGAAGACCACGGUUAAAAUGGUACAGACGCCCUAUGGCAUCAUCCCAGACGUUUACGAGAGAGAGAGGAGACCCCUGAUGCCUUACUGGGGAAUUUAAUGGGACUGCAGAGGGGAAGCACGACGGAGGGGACGCGCUGUUUCGAGUCCACCAGGCUGGAGAUGUUCCCUUCUCCUUCUACAGCCAACUUUGGUUCUCCACCAUACAGCAGAACCUCAAUUCUCACCUCACUAACCUGCAAGGCCAACGAUUCCCUUCAAAGCAUUUUUCUCUACGGGGAUUUCCCAUCUGCAUCUCUGAUUUAGCAAAACCAGGUCUCAUUAUAAGUUUAUUCCUUCCAUAAAGCCUACGUCUAUUUUUCCUUUUUUUAGUCAGUUUAUUAGGAUCCUGCGAGGAAGGGCCUCAGAGGCAUUGGGCAGAGUGGAUGGCCCAAGCGCGCUUUGUGCUGCAGUAGUAGCCUGGAUAUUUUGUUAUAGCUUGUUUGCUUCCUUGCAAAACCCUGUAGUGGCUCAGGAGCAGCACUGGCGAGGCCCUGCUCCACAGCAGCAGGUUUUCCAAGCACCAGGGAGGCAGGAAUACAGGGGCUGUGGUGCUGGUGUUUUCUUUAACACUCAUAGUGACUCUCAGUAUAUAGUGUUUGAGAUCUUUAGUCAGCUCUUAAUCGUAUUCAAAGUUAGGGGGAAAAAAGGGAAAAAACGAACAAACAAACAAAAAGAUUGAAUCAGUCCGUGUCGGCCACAAGUAAAAUAAAAAUUGAGCAAUUCAAAUCAAA